ACAGACAGAUAGAUGCAAUGCACUGAUGAAGACAAAUGCGCCAUCACAUGGUAUUAAUGACGGGCAAUAGGAACAGAAGUGGAGUCAACCCGCAAUAACUAAACCAGUGACGGAACCCGCAUUGCAUCACAGAAUCAAUUCCUGGUCAGUGCACGUGCCUCAUGAUCUGCCGGCUUAAUUACUCCUUUACCUAUCAGCGCGUGCAGUGCACCCUAAUCCGAACCGUUUAGGUGAUGCAUUACCACCGACAAGUAUGUUUUAAGGGAAGCGAUUGGACAAUAUUUUUGUAUUUUUUUUUUUGAAGUUUAGCCUCCAGUCUGACGCGAAUUCAAAGACGAGCGAGAGGCAUCAGCAACAGGGCACUGCCAAUUCACCAGCGAGGACAAUUAUACAGAAAGUAUAUCGAUCGUAUAGACGAUCAAUUGGGACCGAACAGCACUGACGUCAUUACUCGAUUUUGAUUGCGUUGCUCUAAUUGUGUGGGGAUUUCUUACAUGUUUUGCGUCAUUAAAUGGAGCGGCGUAGGUGACGUUUGGACUGUUGCGUUCAAGAGGAGCUCUUACCAAGACUAAAAGCCGGCGCGGAAAAAUAUGUAUGGACGCUAUACACAGGAGUUGGGGGCCUAUGCCAAAGAAGAGGCAGCUCGUCUGCGUGAAGAUGGAGCAUUGCGGAGGACCACCAGUGUGCGUGGCCAGGCUCCAGAAAUGAUGGAGUAUGAGAAGGACUCGUGUGCCAAGUGUCAAGUCUGCACGUCACGGUGUCGGAAGUUCCUGAUUUCCCGUGUGGGUGAAGACUGGAUCUUUCUCAUCCUCCUGGGGCUCCUCAUGGCAUUGGUCAGCUGGGCUAUGGACUACACUAUUGCCUUCUGCCAGCAAGCCCAGAAGUGGAUGUAUGGUGGUCUGCACAGUAACAUGUUGCUGCAGUACCUGGCCUGGGUCACUUACCCAGUAGUACUCAUCACAUUCUCCGCCGGCUUCACACAGAUACUGGCGCCACAGGCAGUGGGCUCUGGGAUCCCAGAGAUGAAGACCAUUCUCCGAGGUGUGGUGCUAAAAGAGUACCUCACUUUCAAAACCUUCGUCGCCAAAGUGAUUGGCUUAACUUGCGCCCUUGGAAGUGGCAUGCCUCUGGGCAAAGAGGGACCAUUUGUUCAUGUUGCCAGUCUGUGCGCUGCUCUGUUGAGCAAAUUCAUGGCCUUGUUUGGAGGAAUCUACAUGGAAGAGCCCUUUGAGGGAAACAAGAAUGAGCUGAGAAACACAGAGAUGCUGUCAGCCGCCUGUGCAGUGGGGGUGGGCUGUUGCUUUGCGGCCCCUAUUGGAGGAGUGCUGUUUAGUAUUGAGGUCACAUCUACAUUCUUUGCUGUGAGGAACUACUGGAGAGGAUUCUUCGCUGCAACCUUCAGUGCCUUUAUCUUCAGGGUGCUGGCAGUGUGGAAUCAGGAUGAGGAGACAAUCACGGCUCUCUUCAAAACGCGCUUUCGUCUGGACUUUCCCUUUGACCUACAAGAGCUUCCAGCUUUUGCUGUGCUCGGGAUUGCCAGUGGUUUUGGUGGGGCGUUGUAUGUCUACCUGAACAGGAUCAUAGUGGAGUCUAUGAGAAAACAGAAAACCAUCAACAAGUUUUUGCUAAAAAAAAGACUAGUGUAUCCGGCAGUGGUCACUCUUCUUGUCUCUACACUCACCUUUCCUCCAGGGCUUGGACAGUUCAUGGCAGGCCAGCUGACUCAACAUGAGUCACUAGUGGCACUGUUUGACAACCAGACCUGGUACAAGCAAGGUGUUGCUGAGGAGUUUGCAUACUCAAGUCAAGUACCUCAGGCCUGGAAGCAUCCACAAGUCAGUGUGUUCAUCACACUCCUCCUCUUCAUUGUCAUGAAGUUCUGGAUGUCAGCUGUGGCCACAACAAUGCCUGUGCCUUGUGGGGCCUUCAUGCCGGUUUUCCUCAUUGGGGCUGCGUUCGGUCGACUGGUCGGCGAGAGCAUGGCCGCCGUCUUCCCCGAAGGAAUACACGCUGACAACACUGUAUAUCCCAUAGUUCCCGGCGCAUAUGCAGUUGUAGGGGCGGCGGCUCUUUCUGGCGCAGUCACUCACACCGUGUCCACCGCCGUCAUUGUGUUCGAGUUGACCGGUCAAAUCUCGCACAUCCUGCCCGUGAUGAUCGCUGUGAUAUUGGCCAAUGCCGUGGCUCAGAAUCUGCAGCCUUCCCUCUAUGAUUCCAUCAUCCGGAUCCAGAAACUUCCCUACCUGCCAGAGCUGGGCUGGGGACAGGAGAAAUAUAAUAUCCGUGUGGAGGACAUAAUGGUGAGAGACGUGCGAUAUAUCACUCUCUCCUCCUCUUACCGGGACCUGCAGGAAGCUCUCAUAACAGGCCAGCUUAAAACCCUGGCCUUGGUGGAGUCCAAAGAGUCCAUGAUCCUGCUGGGCUCUACAGAGCGCUCCCAGCUUCAGUCCCUGCUCUCGCAGCAGCUCAGCCGAGCUCGCAGGCUGGAGUACUUGAGAGAACGUGCUCAGGACAAUGGCACCCAUGUGCCCACCUUCCCCCAAGACUCUCCCUCCAGGACUGGUCAUGGCGUACGUUUCCUGAUCUCCACUGAAGAGUCCUCCUACAGCCCCACACUGACUAACUCCCAGAUCCCCCUCAAGUCUGCUCUGAAGACAGUGUCUGCAAUCAGCAACACAGAGUCAUUGAACAGCUCUCCUAACCUCUCCUCUGGGGAACCUGUGAAGGAGCUAGUAGAGAGCAAUGCUGGCCCCAAGGCUCCUAAGAGGAGCAGGAGGCCCAAGCGUGUGAAGAUACCCAUGGCGGAUACACCUGAUGUUGAAGAUGACAUGUCAACAGCAGAGAUAGCAGAGUGGGAGGAGCAACAGUUGGAUGAGGCUGUUAAUUUCAACAACUGUAAAAUAGACCCUGCACCCUUUCAACUGGUGGAACGGACAUCUUUGCAUAAGACACACACCAUUUUCUCACUACUUGGUCUGGAUCAUGCCUAUGUCACCAGCACCGGAUGUCUAGUAGGAGUGGUCUCUCUAAAGGAGUUGCGUAAGGCCAUCGAGGGCUCUGUAACUGUGACCGGAGUGAAAGUCCGUCCCCCGCUGGCCAGCUUCCGUGACAGCGGCAACAACAGCAGCGUCUCAGAGGUCACUGAGCUCCACAAGCUCUGGAGUCGUAACAGGAGCCUGUUGUUGCCACGGGAACCUAACCUCCCAGACCUGGAUGACCAAACGGAGCAGCCGUCCGAGGGCAGCUUGGUGAACGAGACCGAGUGCACAGAGCUGUCCAGUCACAACACACCAUUACACACAGACGACCAAUCAGAGCUGCCCUACGCCGAGGCCACGCCCCAAGAGGAGCACCUAACGCAGCUCCCCUGUGACUGUACCCACCCUCUGGAGGACGGAGGCUCAGAGGCCGUCAGCGAGCAGUGCCCAGCUCCGAUCAAGGAAGCGGUGAGCGAGGGAAUCCCCUCGCCGCCAGAGGGUCAGCAGGAAUGACAGCUGCUUGCGGUCGGUAACACACACUCCAUUUACACCAUAAGCGGGAUUGUGAAGUCAGGUUGAGGAGAAACUGGAGGAAGUCUUUAAGCAGUGAAGCACACUCUCUUCUCCGCACUAAUCAAAUCAUCCCUAAUCGCUGGUCCUGCCUUUACAUGAAACACGCCGUGUGUGUUUGUAUGUGUGGGAUGUCAUAGAUACGCACUGCAGUAUGAGUGCCGCGUGGCUUGGGAUGUGUUUGACGAUGGCUCAUGAGCGAUCGUCUGUUUGUACUUGUGUAUUUGUCAUAAAUUUGGGUGUCUGUUGAUUUGUGGCUUCAUAGCGCAUUUCUGUGUUGAUUUAUGUUGAUGAAAUUCAUUUUAAGAAGUUUAUUUUCGAUGAUGUCACGGCGGGUUUUCAUCAUAAACGUGUUUGUUCGUUGAUUUGUGGCUUCAUGGCGUGCGCGUGUGUGUGUUUCUUCGUCCUCGCGCAAGCGACAGAGUGCGUAAGAAAAGCCGAGUAUGUGUGCAAGAGUGACUCCUAGCCAACGCACCCAUCUGGUGCCGACACUUUAAAUCCAAAUAAAAUGGUCUCUGAGAGCCAAACUACAAUUUUGCUCUAAAUAUAGCCCUUAAUAGCCCACACUGCAAGGAAACAUGGAGAGAAAGAGCGGGGGGAAAGAAGGGGAACGGGUGGGCAAAAGGACACAGAAGACAUGGAGAGAACAAGAACAUGAUGCAAAAUGAGCGAAAAACAGGAAGGAUACAUGAACACGAGUCGUGGAAAGGCAGGAGAAUGAAUGGGAGAGUGGGGUAAACUGUGCCGCUUUUUACUUAAGGUCGUCAACUAGGCAAGAAGAAAUAAGCAAUCAGGGAAAUGAAUAUGCCUGAUUAUAUUUCAGAAUACAUAGGGGCACAGAAAUAUGACUUUUUAAGAAAAAUGGUCGAGUGACACAACUUACCCCACUUUAGGGGAAAGAUGUGUUAUGAAUGUUGAGCCAUUAGGGAAUAUUUUAACUAUUUAUUUCAGGUAAAAUAUGAACACUUAAUGAACAUGAAUCUUAUUUCAAAGUCUUAUUUUGAUGCACAAUAUUCACAUUUUCAUAAGCCAACUAGAAAAAUCCAGUGCAUUUGCAUUUUAUGAUAUGAUAUGAGUAUUUGUUUUUUCCUGCAUUUGGAGGCAAAACUCAUCCUCACUAUGUGCCACUGUCACAUUUUACCCUGAAGCACCUGACACACUUUACCCAAAAGCUAACAUUUUGGGGAAAACAAAAUAUUCAUUUCUAAUUCAUUGCUAAAUUUAUUUAUUUAUUCAAGAUGUGAUUUGAUAAUGCAUAGCAUCUUUGGCAUGGAUACAUUUGUUUUGACAUCAAACUCAUUUUACCUGCCAUGCAGAAAAUUUACUUUGACAAGCAUUUUUUUAACACACAAAAAAAAUUGCUUAUGUGAAUCACAGGCAGCUGAAUACAAUGGCCAUUUUUUUAAAACAUGGUCAUUUGACAAAAAUCAUCCAGUUUGCUAGAUUACAGGGGUGGCGCAUCUUACCCCACUCUCCCCUCCAAAACCAACAGUGACUCAUAAAGAGGAGUUUCCAACCAGGGUAGUUUUGAAGCACAUUGUAAUUAUCAUUCAAACAAAACACAGCAAUACACAAGCGUUUUCCAUACUGACAGCAUGGGGGAAAAAAAUUAAAUGUGAAAAACGCUUUAACAAAUCAUCGUUGAGCA